AGAAACUCAUUUGACAAUUAUUCUAAUGUUUUUCUAACAGUUCAAGAAGUAAAGGAAGAAAACUCACCUCAAUAUCAGAAUAGCAAGAAACUGGCAAGCCAUGAGCCAAGGAACUAUAAGUGGUGGAUCAGCAUCAUCAUGUAUGCAUUCUUUGUAAUCUUCGGUCAGUCGGCAUCAACACUCUUGGGGCGCCUAUACUACGACAAAGGCGGGAAGAGCGUAUGGGUUGCUACACUCGCACAACUCGCAGGCUUCCCAAUUGUCAUACCAUGUUACUGCUUAGCACCACCAAAAAGUUGCACCAAAAAUGAGCAGAUACGGCAGCCAUCAGCGGUGAUACUGGCAUUGGUCUAUUUCUCUUUCGGUAUUUGCCUAGUGGCGUACAGCUUGAUGUAUUCUAUUGGACUCUUACAUCUUCCUGUAUCGACUUUUUCCCUCAUUUGUGCAUCCCAAUUGGCCUUCAAUGCUCUCUUCUCAUUCUUCCUACAUUCACAAAAGUUCACUCCAUUUAUAAUCAAUUCACUAGUUCUACUAACAAUAUCCUCCUCCCUCCUGAUAUUUCAAACCAAUCCAGCAAGCCAUGUUGAAGUCUCUAAAGGAAAAUAUGCAAUCGGAUUCAUUUGCACCAUUGGUGCUUCUGCUGGGUACGGUUUGAUGCUUUCUCUAACACAACUCACCUUCAGAAAGCUUCUAAAAGGAGAAACACACGCACAGGUGUUCGAAAUGGUUAUAUAUCAGUCACUAGUUGAGGCUUCUGCUGCCAUUCUGGGACUUUUCAUCAGCGGAGAAUGGAAAGGUUUGUCAAUAGAAGUAGAAGAGUUCGAACUCGGUAAGUUUUCCUAUGCAAUGACCCUGAUUGAAACAGCUAUAGCUUCACAGCUUUUUGUCAUCGGCGCAAUAGGAUUGAUUUUCAAAGUUUCUUCGCUCUUCUCCAAUGCCAUAAGUGUCUUGGGUUUGCCUGUUAUUCCAAUUCUAGCUGUGAUCUUUUUCCAUGACAAAAUGGAUGCAGUGAAGGCAAUUGCCAUGGUCUUGGCGAUAUGGGGCUUCGUUUCAUAUGUUUACCAGUGUUAUCUUGACAAUAAAAGCUCUAAGAAUGAAUAUCGAAACGGUAGUGAAGUUUCGAAGAGUCCUUUACUCGAAGAGGUUAGUUAACAGAUUAAGUGUGGCUUCCACAGUUCUAUAUGAGAUUGUCAUUUUCUGCAAAACAAGAAAUACAACCCCAAAAGUAAUCUUUCUUCA